AUGAAUUCAAAAGAGACGCAUAAGGGGGUAUAUGCAAAGGGGACACACCAGGAAAGGGACAGACAUCUAAGUGAGAUACAUCAUGUAAAGAAGGUACAUACAAAAGAGCUACAUGUAAAGGAUCAUCAAGAGAAGAAUGUAAAUAACAACAAGGAAAAACAACCAGCAGAGGAAAAUGAUGCAAUCGAAAAACAACCAACAGAGGAAAAUGGUGCAAUCGAAAAACAACCAACAGAGAAAAAUGAUAUAAUUGAAACACAACCAGAUGCAAACAGUGAAAAUGACACGCAGCCAACAGAUGUAAACAGUGAAAAUGACACACAACAAACAGAUGCAAAAAGUGAAAAUGACACACAACCAACAGAUGCAAACAGAGAAAAUGACACACAACCAACAGAUGCAAAAAGUGAAAAUGACACACAACCAACAGAUGCAAAAAGUGAAAAUGACACACAACCAACAGAUGCAAAAAGUGAAAAUGACACACAACCAACAGAUGCAAACAGUGAAAAUGACACACAACCAACAGAUGCAAACAGUGAAAAUGACACACAACCAACAGAUGCAAAAAGUGAAAAUGACACACAACCAACAGAUGCAAACAGCGAAAAGGACACACAACCAACAGAUGCAAACAGUAAAAAUGACACACAACCAACAGAUGCAAAAAGUGAAAAUGACACGCAACCAACAGAUGCAAUUAGUGAAAAGGACACACAACCAACAGAUGCAAACAGUGAAAAUGACACACAACCAACAGAUGCAAACAGUGAAAAUGACACACAACUAACAGACGCAAACAGUGAAAAUAACACACAACCAAGAGGACACUAA